UUGAUCACGAAAUUUCGAAAUUGAAACUACAAAUGCAAAGGUACUUACUAUUUGGAAAACUAAAAUACCCUAAACUUAAUUGUCUUCAAAUUAUUUACGUGGUAAUUACCUAGUUGUUUUUUUUUGUGAAAAUGACCUCAAAAUCACUUGAUUCAGCAAAAUUGACUGCGUUAUAUAGUCUUGACUUUUACAAAAACAAGAAAAAUUGGAUAUUAUCUGACCAAAAGAGAGAUAAAAGUAAUAAAAAAAACAAACUAAACAUGACUUUUGAUGUGGAACAAGGGAAGAAUUUAAAUGAUGAAUUUAUUCCGACAUUCACUGAUUCGGAAAAGGCGUCUAAAACAGAUUCAUCUCUCCGAGCAUCGAACCUGUCCCAACAAUGGCUGGGGAAUAUCGAUAUUUGGCCCGCUGACACUCAGAAUACGCUGCAGCCGUUGUUAAUGCGGCAGAGGGACAACGAUGAUAUGAUAAGUGGUAGAAAAGGACAGAGUGAUGCUAAAUCAGUGUUUACACUGCAAGAUUUGAAGGCCGAUACAAUGCCCGCAGCAUACCAAAGUCCAUGCGGAAUCGAAUACUGUGGUUUUGACCAUGGGGAUAACUUGGAGUUUCGCAGUCAUAGGGCUGACUCUGGACAUGAGAGUGAGUUACCGACUGAUGUGUUGGCUUAUUAUGAACAAUGUUUUGAGGAACAGAAAUUAUCAGUUUCCAUGGACAGCUACAGCGCUUUCUGCCGCGGGGCAGAUCUCAACCCCCACUGCUCGGAGAUGGACUUGAUCCUAAAUGACUCGAUGAAAGAUCCAGAUACAAAUAAGAUUGCUCGUAUGUCGUCCGUUGAACUGAACAACUCGAUACAAAGGCACGCGAAAGCCCUGGCCUCGUUGCUGAGAGAAAAUAACGAAAGACAGAAGUUACGCCAAUCCGGCGCCAAUGUGUCCAACGAAGACACGGAUGUCACCCGUGACCAGGCAGAAUUCGUGGCCGGGUCGUUCCGCAACAGAGACUACUGCGUCUACAUCGAGUACGGUCGACCCGUGAGGUUUCCAACGUGCUCUUAAGUAGUUUCUUCGAAAUUGUUUCUUUUUUAAUAUUCUUGGAAAUUGUUUAACUUCCCCUUUUUUGCCAAAUGUUAUAAUAUUUCGUUUUGUCACCUAAAGGCGAGUUAAUGUUGUCUCUGUCUUUCGUUUAAGAUAAGCUAGAGACGGUGUUCUAUUUGGUGUCGUCUCUUUCUCUAGUAUAGAAUAAAAAUGGGCAAUGAGUUUUAAAUCGUUGUCUCUCUCUCUCAUAUCGGAUAAUAAUACUUAUUACUUCGGUAUAUUCAAUUGGAUUUCGAUUUUAUAUCCGGAAACAAAGUCGAUUUUUGCAAUUUACUAAUUUGUUAGUAUAAACUUUGAGACUGAUUAUGUGAAGGUACGGUCAGCAUAAAUGCUUUAGUGUUUUUUCGAUAAUCAUUCUUUCAUUUCGACGUAUGUUUUGUUGCUAUUUGCGGACUGUACAUAAAUUAAAUUAACAUUACAUUUUAAUUUACGUGUAAGUAACACGUGAUUUCUGAACGAGCAAACAAAGUACUUGGAUAAACGACCUCCAAAUCUAUGCAGAUUUAUAUGCCGACCGUACAUUAAAAACAAGUCUGAUUUUUUAUUAGAAUGGUCGAAUUUAAUUUUGUACAAUUCUUAAAGUCUACUCUACGAAAUUAUACAUUAUUUUGCUGACGGCACAUUGUAAACACGUUGCCACGUUAAGUGUCGAAAUGUCAAGUUGAUCUCUAGUUAGAAUAAGUUUUGAUUUUUAUAAAGUUUAUUUUGGA